AUGGCCGAGCGGUCUAAGGCGCCAGACUCAAGGGAUUCCUUGCCUGUCCAACAGCGGCGCGUGCGCAGCGCGUAUGUAAUGGUGCGCGCCUUGAAUGCGGUGCUGCUGGUGGCGGUCGCACUUUGCCGCGCCGCACCCCUCGAUUCUGAAUUAGGGGUCGGUAAAUCCAUCAAUAUUUUUAUGAGAUAUGGCUACCUUAGUAUAUGUAUGCGGGUGGUGCCUAGAAACGACACAGACACGUGGGUCUUUCGGGAGCCCACAGUCAGCGUGUUUCGCGACGUGGAGAAGUUCUCUGUGGCGCCGAAGCCGCGGCACGCGAAGACACUUUUCGAUGGCGAUUUCCACAUGGAAUUCUGCGAUAACCUGAAGCAGUUGUUGCAGGCUUACUUUAGAGAUUUUAGCUUUGAAAGAUUAGAGCGUCCCUGGCGGGCGUUCACGGCUGGCUGGCCCACCGAUAUCAUGGCUAGAAACCUCGGCAUCAACUCCUCAUUCAUCAAUGGAGAUCAUUGUUAUGUCCUCGUUAGGGUGUCAAGAUAUCGCGAAACGGCGAAGUUAAGCGACUUACCACCGAACAUUCCCGUUGAGGACGUCGUAUUUGACGCAAUACAGGACACGACGAUAGGAGACACGGUCUCCAUCGCAGACUUCAUUAGGAAAUAUGGAUCGCACUAUAUCGCCUCCUACAUAACUGGGAAUUCAUUAUAUCAGGUAUUUGUAUUCUCCCGCGGCGUGUACUCGCGGAUCAAAGAGCGCGUAAAGUCGAAGGGCGUAACUGAUAUUCCGGCGGCGGAAAUGAACAAUUUAUUUUCGCCCCUAUUCGCCGAGCACGUUGGUGCUGUGAAGGUGUUUGUGUUCUCUAGAACCGCAUACUCUAUGAUCAAAGAGAGACUUAAAAGCAAGGGCGUGGCAGAUAUAACUGCCAAAGAGCUGGAAGGGUACUUCUCGCCCUGGCAGGCCAAGCAUAUUGGCCAAAUUAAGGUAGCGAGCGGAAAUAAAACCGUUGAAAGCUGGGCAAUGAAGCGCCUAAGGGUACACUACUACAUUUUCUCGUACCCAAGUCUUCUAAAAUUGCACGGAGAACCGGCGCUAUUAAGAAAUCUAGACACAUUACUAGGAAACGAAGCCUUAUUACAAUUAGAAUUAAAGACGUUAUCGCCUGCGUUCAAAGACGUACAAAAGAGACAAUGGUUCGAAGAAGUUAUAGACAAUUAUUUGAAAUUGUGGGAGAGUAAUAUGUGA